GACCUCCUUUAACAAACUGCUGCUGAAGUCUGGGUGAACUUUUACUAAUAUUUACAGCAGAAGGUUAUUGUUGUUGUUGUUGUUGUUGCUGUUGUUGCACAACCAACAAUCAUGGCCGCCUUGUUUGUACUCCGGACUCGUUUGUUUCCGCGCAGAAGUGACUUUCUUGGGUCUUUGAACGCAGCACGGCAGUGCAGCUCCUCGGUUUCCUCCGGCAGGCAGCGCGUUAACGGAGCUGACGUGUUCUACGAGCAGACCGGUGGAGGGAAGCACGCUGUUCUGCUGCUCCCCGGUGCCCUCGGAAGCACGAGGACAGAUUUUGGUCCUCAGCUGAAGUCUCUGAAUAAGGAACUCUUCACGGUGGUCGGAUGGGACCCCCGAGGUUACGGGCGAUCCCGUCCUCCGGAUCGAGACUUCCCCCCGCACUUCUUUGAGAGGGAUGCGAAGGAUGCUGUGGACCUGAUGACGGCUCUGGGCUUCAGCCGGUUCUCUCUGUUGGGUUGGAGCGACGGAGGGAUCACAGCUCUGAUCGCAGCAGCCAGGAACCCUGAUCGGAUCAACAAAAUGGUUGUCUGGGGGUCCAACGCCUUCGUUUCUGAGGCCGACCUCAAGCUCUACAACAUGGUUCGUGACGUCUCCAAGUGGAGCGCGAGGAUGAGGCAGCCCAUGGAGGAGAUGUACGGAGCACAGGCUUUUGCUAAACUGUGGGAGAGCUGGGUGGAUGGCAUUGCUCAGUUUCUUCACAGACCAGAAGGAAGUAUCUGUAUGGAGCUUCUGCCACUGAUCAAGUGUCCAACCCUGAUCAUCCACGGAGAGAAAGACCCCAUGGUUCCCAGCGUCCACCCUCAGUAUCUCCACAAACACAUUCAAGCGUCACGGUUGCAUUUGAUGCCAGAGGGAAAACACAACCUUCACCUGAGGUACGCUGAGGAGUUCAACAGACUAGUUGAAGACUUUCUGGAAGAAUGAAGCAGCACAAGUUCUGGCAUUUGUCUUGUUUGUGGAACUGAGUCACUAACAUCCCGAGUGUUCUUGAGUUUAAAUGCCAGAUUUAAAAAAGGCAAGUUUAAGCUGAGCUGAAGUGAAAUGAAUCAAGGUGCUGCAAUGAUCCAGUCAGAGUCUAGAACCUCCACCUGACUGAAAUGCUGGGGUGGGACCUUCAGAGAGCUGAGCAGAAAACCUCAGUGAACUGAUGCUGGAAAGAAGAGUGGGACAAAAGUCCUCCUCAACCAUGAGAGCGCCUGUCGUACAGGAAACCACGGAGAGUUCCUGCUACUAAAAUAGGUUCUGUAAUGUAAUCACUGCAAAGACAUGAAACCAAACCAAAAAUAAAUAAAUAAAGGAACAAAAUA